UUGGAAGCCUGACCUGACUUGACAGUGCUUGGAGCCUGUGAGGAGGAGAAGGAGAGAUAGAGGAAGAGGAAAAAGAAUAAGAAAAGGAGGAAGAGAAGAAGAGCAGGAGGGAGAGGAGGAGGGAGAGAGGAAGUGAAGAAGAAGAGAAGAAGAACUAGAGGAGGAGAAAAAAGAGGAAGAAGAGAAAGAGGCAGAAGAAGCAGAGGAGGAAGAGAAGGAAAGAUAGAGGAGGAAAAAGAGGAGGAAGAGUAGGAGGGGUAGAGGAAGUGGAAGAAGAAGAGGACAGAUACAGGAGGAUGAAAAAGAGGAAGAAGAGAAAGAGGAGGAAGAGAAGGCGGAGGAGGGAUAGAGGAAGUGGAAAAAGAAGAGAAGGAGAGACAGAGGAAGAGGAGGAGAAAUAGAGGCGGAUGAAAAAGAGGAAGAAGAGAAGGAAGAGGAGGACAAGGAGGAAGGGGGGAAGAGAAGGAGGGAUAGAGGAAGAGAAGGCGGAGAAAGUGGGAGGGAGGGGACAAGGGGUUGACCACGCAGCGCCGCCCCCCACAGACAGCGACUUGGCAGCAGCAGGAGCCGGCGAGGAAGAGGAGAAGGAGGAGGAGGAGGCGCCGGCGCCGCCCAGGAGAGCAGGUGUGGGUCCGAGCGCCGCCCUCCCCGUCGCCUUCCGUGCGGGAAGAGGCCCCUGCAAACGGGAGGAGCGGCGAGGCGGCAUCCGCAGCAUCAGCACCAGCUCCAUCCGCAGCAUCUCCAGCGGCGCCGCCGCCUCCUGCUUCUUGGCCAGGCAAACGCGGGGGCGGGCGGGCGGGCGGCGGCCCAGGGAGCUCUCGGGUCUCUUGUCACAGAUGCAACGGGAGGGCAGCGGCCCGGGCGAGUUGGGCGAGGAGGGGCAGGCCGAGCCCAGGCCGAGCCCGAGCCUGAGCCCUUCGCCAAUGGCGCCGGCGGGGCCCGAGAAGGAGGAGGAGGAGGAGGGCGGCGGUCGGAGCGGGGCCCCCGAAGGCGCCUCCAGCCUCAGCCCCCGGGAGCAGGUGGAGCUGCAGGAGGAGGUGGAGGGCCUGCGGGAGGAAAACGAGACCCUCAAGAAUGAAAUAGAUGAGCUGAGAACUGAGAUGGAUGAGAUGAGAGACAGUUUCUUUGAGGAGGAUGCCUGCCAGUUACAGGAAAUGCGGCGCGAGUUGGAGAGGGCCAACAAAAAUUGCCGGAUCCUUCAGUACCGCCUUCGAAAGGCAGAACGCAAGCGACUUCGCUAUGCUCAAACUGGGGAGAUUGAUGGAGAACUUCUCCGUAGUUUGGAGCAGGACUUGAAGGUUGCAAAAGACGUUUCAGUUAGACUUCACCAUGAACUGGAAAAUGUGGAAGAAAAACGAACUACCACAGAAGAUGAAAAUGAAAAAUUAAGACAGCAGUUAAUUGAAGUAGAUAUUGCAAAGCAGGCUCUACAGAAUGAAUUUGACAAGAUGAAAGAGCAGUCCAUGAAAAGAAGAGGCAGCAAAGACCUCCAGAAAUCUGAAAAAAAGGCACAGCAGACACCCACCGAGGACGACAGUGAAGAUUUGAAAUGCCAGUUGCAGUUUGUCAAAGAGGAAGCUGUGCUGAUGAGGAAAAAAUUGGCCAAAAUCGAUAAGGAAAAGGAUAAAUUUGAACAUGACCUGCAAAAAUAUAGGUCACUUUAUGGUGAUCUAGAUAGUCCCUUACCAAAAGGGGAAGCUGGAGGUCCACCUACCACAAGAGAAUCAGAACUUAAGCUUCGUCUGAGGUUAGUAGAGGAAGAAGCCAAUAUUCUGGGAAGGAAAAUCGUGGAACUGGAAGUAGAAAACAGAGGGCUAAAAGCAGAACUUGAUGAUUUGAGAGGAGAUGAUUUCUCAGGGGCAGCUAAUCCCCUUUUGGGGGAGCAGAAUGAGUCACUCUCAGAAUUACGACAACAUCUGCAGCUUGUUGAGGAUGAAACUGAACUAUUGAGGAGAAACCUGGCUGAUGUAGAGGAACAAAACAAGCGCAUCACUACAGAGCUGAACAAAUACAAAUAUAAGACUGGGGCUCAUGAUAAUUCAAGACACCAUGACAAUGCAAAGACCGAAGCUCUUCAAGAAGAACUCAAAGCUGCCCGCAUGCAGAUCAAUGAACUCAGUGGCAAAGUCAUGCAACUGCAGUAUGAGAACAAAGUCCUGAUGUCCAACAUGCAACGCUAUGAUUUGGUCUCCCAUCUGGGAAUCCGGGGCAGUCCCAGAGAUAGUGAUGCUGAGAGUGAUGCUGGAAAAAAAGAAAGCGAUGACGAUUCUCGCCCUCCACAUCGUAAAAGGGAAGGGCCUGUUGGUGGGGAAAGUGACUCUGAGGAGGUCCGCAAUAUUCGUUGCUUGACUCCCACAAGAUCUUUGUAUCCGUCACCAGCGGGGUGGCAGAAAGGCCCCACAGACAGGCAACAAAUGAAGGACAUCCGGUGCGAAGCAGAACGAUUGGGCAAAACAAUAGACCGUCUGAUUUCAGAUACAAGCACCAUAAUCACAGAGGCAAGAAUUUAUGUGGCAAAUGGGGACAUGUUUGGAGUUGAGGAUGACGAAGACGAUGGCAGUAGGAUACGGGAACACGAACUCCUUUAUCGGAUAAAUGCCCAGAUGAAGUCAUUUAGGAAAGAGCUCCAGGCAUUUAUUGACAGAUUAGAAGUUCCAAAAUCCUCGGAUGAGCGAAGUACUGAUGAACCAUCGUCAGUGAGUCAGAUAGGAAAUCCAAGAGCUAUAGUUUCUGUAAAAAGUCACUGCUGUAAAAACACUGAAGACUACUUGUUUGAAAGAAAUGGAAUCAAUGCUUGGGAUGCCAAAACAUAGUAGAAGUAAAGACUGGAAAUUUUCACAACUGAAUCAAAAUUGCAGAAAUUGUGUGUAAGAAGGAUCAAUAUUUGAAGAACUGGAAAGCCUUUCUCUGCCUCCUGGUUGGUUUCACCACCACUUUAUAUUUAGCCUGAAAUAGUUCUGAAGGGAUUUUUUCCAUGCAAAAGCUUUUCCAGGCUAAAAUUAAUGCAAGAGAGUAACAUGAAUCCCUUGAAGAACAUAGUGAGGCACAGUGUUUUGUGUAUUCCUGCACUUCAGAACAGACUGAUCUCUUGUUCGCUAGACAAAGAGCAACUGCUCACAAGGCAGAAGAAGAAAGCAAGAAUGUAUCUGUGCCAGCUCAACAUUCAAAUGGGAAAAGCUUCUAUUAGCCAACGGAGCCAACAAACAAAUGCUUUUCAGAUGAGCCUCUAUCACCGCUUGCUAUGAAAUGGAUAGUUUUUUUCCAAACUCAAGAAUGGACUCAAUGCAGUUGUGAAAGCUCCAUUCAUCAUAAGGACUCUUAGCUCCAUGACCUCAACCAGUUCUGUGCAGUUGCAUGAUGGUCCAUAGAAACCUUAUCUUUUGCUGGAGAAAGAGUAUUGAUUCUCAGGUCAUCCUUAGUCUUCAGUGUUUUUAUCAACUGGAUAAAGAUAUCCCUUGCAUCUGUAUAUAUCCUUUUAUAACUCACCGUUACUUUUCCUUUGAAUGACACAUGCCAAUAUUCAUGUACCCUAACUAAUUUUGUAUGGUAUCGUUCUGAAUAUUCUGAAUUUUCUCUCAAACAGCACAUACAAAUGCUGUAUGCAUGAUCAUAUGUUUGUAGGUGCAUGUGUUGGAAUAGAAAGUGUAUCAGUAUGUAUUUAGAAGAGAAAAUUCAAUACUAGUAUUGACACUGAAAUUAUAAGCCGAUAUACAUAUUCAUACAUAACACACAUGCAACAUUUUGUGAUAUGUUUCAAAGAUUUAAAAGAUUAUCACUCUGAUGAUCAUUAUAUUUACAGUAUCAUUUACAGGUUUCACAAGUCUAGUAUUUGAUAAAUAAAAACAAACAAAUACACUUUUGUAGCUAUGAUAGCAACAAAAAUGCAGUUGCACAAUAUGUAUCAGAAGCAUAUUAAAUUAAUAGAUGCAUCAUGCUUCUAUCUACCUUAUAUUCUUUCUUUCCCAAUUUUGCCAAAAUGGGCAAAACAAGUUACCUGAAUUUGUUAUUAUAAUUGCUUUAACUUUUUCCAGUGCACAGACAUUCCAAAAAUGAUGGGCUGCCUUACCAUUCAACACAGCGCAGAGAGGACUCCAUUGAGUUUGUUUAGGCAACAUUUCUUAGCAGGAAAAGGUGGGAGGGUGCUAAGAACAUGAAAGAUAUCCUCACAGUGGUUUUAAUUCUGUUAGUUAUGUCUAGACUACAUCAAUUCAGUCAGUGACAUAUACUUUAUGUUGAUUCACCAUCCAGCAAUGACCCAACUCCCUUUGAGACUAACUAGUAAGAUUUAGGGCAAUAUCUUAGCACACAACUAAAUUCUUAAAGAAAAACCCUUAAGACCUCCUGUGUCAUUGCCAAAUGCUCUUAAAGACAGGGGCUGAGGUGAGGAAACUACUAUAAUCAUAUUCAGACAUGAAGUUAAAGGAGAUCUGGAAGAUGGAAAGGCCAGAUAAAGAGUGGGUUUGGUGACAGAUUCAGAUUUCUUACAUUUCACUCCUUUUUCAAGUAUAUAUAUAUAUAUAUCUCACUUGAAAAAGGAGUGAAAUGUAAUAAAUUUGAAUUUGUCACCCAAACCAGUCUUUAUCUGGCCUUUCCAUCUUCCAUAUGUGUGUGUGUGUGUAUACACACCCAAGUAAUAUUAUGUUUGUCAGAUGGUCACUACUUAACCUAGUCUGUAUGAUGUUGGUUCAGAUUGUUUCUCCUAGCUUGGUGUGUCCGCAUUCAGUCAGGACUUGGAUCUGAUAAAGCAUGGUCUGUUAUGUCUCAAUUGGUUCUUUCAGAUCCAAGUUUUUCAUGGAGCCGCAGUGGCGCAAUGGGAUAAACCCUUGUGCUGGCUGAACUGCUGACCUGAAAGUUGGGUUGCUGACCUGGAGGUUGCUGGUUUGAAUCCAUGAGAUGGGGUGAGCUCCUGUCUAUCAGCUCUAGCUUGCAGGGACAUGAGAGAAGCCUCCCAGCUAUCACAUCCGGUUGUCCCUUGGGCAACAUCUCUAUAGAUGGCCAAUUCUCUCACACAAGAAGUGACUUGCACUAUGUUCCCAAGUCGCUUCUGAAACAAUAAAAUUGGUUCUUUCUACUUUUGUUUGUUUUGAUAGUUCAAAGUACAGUAAUCUGCUGUUAAUCUGUUCUUUCUCUGUCAGUCUUAGAUGUUCAGAGCAGCUGCACACAUUCUGCUUCCAAGAAUUGGUUCUCAGCUAUGAGGUUUGUUUACAGUAUCCAAAUGAUACUUCAAGAAAGGGAUGACUUUGGUGUCACAAAUCCUAGACUGAUGGCAUAAGUAUCCGCCAUCAUCGGUCUCUUUGGGAUUGUUUGUUAGUAUGCUGUGUAUGACUUAUUUCUUUUCCAAUCAUCUGGAAGAAAUAAAGAUCCUAGCAAGUUUCCUUGUUAGCUGUCAGGUUAUGAAGAGGAAGGACUGUCUUCCUCUUCAUAAAUUUCCAUUUCUCUAGAAAAUCCAUAGGAAGACCCGAGGAUGGGAUAGUGGUUUGGGUGUUGAAUUAGGACUCGUGAAACCAAGGUUUGAAUCUCCACUAAGCUUUGGAACCCCACUGGGCAACCUUGGGCAAGUCAUAUUCUCUCAAACUUAGAGCAAGGCAAUGGCAGUCCCCUUCUGAAUAAGUCUUGCUAGAUUAGGUUCACAUGAGGGCUGCCAUAUGUUGGAAAUGACUUGAAAACAUACAAUAAAGUGGGUGUCUCUAUUUAGUGGGCCUUUCUUUAAGGUUGCAAAGAGAGAAUCAAAGAGGUUGAAUUCCUGUCAUUUCAGAAUACUGUUCUAGAAUAUUCUUCUCAAAUAGUAUUGGGACAAUUGUUACAUCAAUACAGAUAGGUGAAUAAAUAAAAUGUCUGUGCCACACUAAACCAUGUUUUGAUUCAACAAAAACUAAAUUCUGCAAGCCAUAUGAGCUAUGUGAUUUUAGCCAUUCUGUGUAUAUUUAUUCUUCUAGUAGUAAUGUGGGAGGAGGAAAGAGAAACGCUCUGCCUCCUAAUAGUUAAAUAUUUCACUCAUCCCAAGUCUUCCAUCCAAUCAGCUAGAAAGGUAGGACAUUUUAGUAGGCAUGCUGAGCCUAUCUUUCUGGUCCAAAAGCUGUACAUCUCAGAAUGCUGAUUUUUGCUUUCAUCUCUUUUCUGCAGUUAUGGUACUGUUGCAAAAUGUACUCAGCACCAGAGAGAAAACAUGCUUUGCAUUUCCCAUUCUCUCAAACAAAUGAAUACUAUCCAAAACUUCACGCUCAGAUAGUAUUCAUUUGUACAGUGGCAAGAGAACAGAAUUUAUAGCAGGGGUGUAUCCCAUCUUGCUUGUAGUUAUUGAUAUCUAAAAAAGUGAGGUAAUUUCUAGCAUUAUCUAGUUGGUGGCCUCCUUGAUAGUCUUCUCUUUAUUAUCACACCCUAAAUCAGAGAAAUGUAUUGGUGACUUUCGUGACAUCUAAAAAAGACUUCUCAGCACAGUCCUAUGCACUUUUAUUCACAAUUAAGAUCCAUUGGGUGCAAUGGGGAAUAUGCCCGGAGAAGCAGACAUAUUCUCAUGCAUGUGUACUUGGAAAUAAUCCCUACUGGGUUUAGUGUGAUUACGUACUGACCUCUGAGUCAUCAAUUGCAUCAUCAAAUACUAAAACUAUGGUUGGCUCCCUAUUGAUGAAUUCCAGUGUUAGACCUAAAUCAUUGCAGAUCAAUUUUUGGUGAUUGUAAGGGCCAACAUUCUGUCCCAACUACAGAGAGACACCCCUCACAAAACCCCACCCUUCAUUAGACCAUUUUGAUGUGUCAGAGAGUAGCAGAAUGAUCAGGGGACUCAUCCAGCUAUUUUCCCAUAGCUGCACUACAAGAAAAUAGCUGAAAACAUCCCUGCUUAUUUCCCUGUUCUCUGACAACAUAGAAAUGUCCAUGUAGGGGGAACUACACUUUUUACAAAAUGAAUUUAAGUUGGGUCGGGAGUGAGGGCCGGCAUCCAGAGACAUAACUAUGGAAAACUAGGCAAUUGAUACCCUUAUAUCUUCCAAUAAAGAAUCAUGGCCAGUUUUUAAAGGCUUGAAAAAUAUGUUUUCAGUUGUUUUUAUUGUAGUGAAUGAGGUGCCAUAGACCAGAUGGUGAAUUCGUGUUUUCCCAGUAAUAAGUGCCAGGUUCAGCCCUUGCCACCUGCAUUUUUAAAUCAUUUUAUUUCCUAGAGAUGGAAAUUAUUCACCCCCUAGAUCCUAGUGAACUCUGGAUUGGAAUGCUGAUUUUUUUCUUCCAAGAAUGCAUUAGUACAUUACAGCCUACCUCAAAGUGAAUUGUAAUUGGCCAUCCCAUUUUUGCAAUUUGAGUUAUCCUCUUUUCCAUUAUUACAAAAAAGCGAUAUUUGGAUUGAUAAGAGGAUGAUGUAAAACCUGGAAAAUUCGUCUGAAAAUGCCAUUUGAAAGUAAUAUCCAAACUGGAAAACUUUAUUCCUUACACCUUAAUAUUUACACAUUAAGCUAGAAAAUAAUGACGCUCCAUGCGGUCAUGCUGACCACAUGACCUAAGAAGUGUCUAUGGACAACGUUGGCUCUUCGGCUUAGAAAUGGAAAUGGGCACCACCCCCCAGAGUUGAACUCAACUAGAUUUAAUGUCAAGGGGAAACCUUUACCCUUUAAAUUAGAAAAUGUUACUUGUUACACCAUUUUUUUUAAAAAACCAUCAUAUUCUCAUCCAUCACAUUAUUUUUGAAAUGUAACUUGUCCUCCUUUCAUUAUCCCAAAAUAAAUGGUGGACUUGUUCUAGGUAACUCAUUAUGUUACUUAUUUAAGCUUUACCAUCAGGUUUGACAAUACUGGUGUAUACACUAAUGGCCUAAUCUGAAAUUAAACAGCUUCAUGUGUUCUCAUCUUAAGUGAAUGUAUGUAGCACUUUAACAGUGCUAUAAAUUAUUAAUGUGUGGAAUAUGAGUCACUGUAGAUUAUUCCUAUUUCCUAUUCUGUUGAUGUUUCUGCCAUUUAUCCAGUAGACAAGGUGACUUUUCUCAAGAGACGAAGAAUUUAUUUCCUGUUUCCUAGUAAGGCUAGAAGAGAAAGCACAAAUGCUUGAACUCUAUCAGAGGUGAUAUUCUGGAAUUAUGUAUCAUAUCAGUAGAAUAUUGAGUAUAGCCUAGUUAAUUCUUCUUAUGUGUGGAUGAUGCUCUAACUGCAAGUUCUUCUUUCUUUAAAAGUAUUCUGACGUGAUUUUUUUUAAGUGACCUGAAGCUUAGGGCAGAUGUAUACUGACACAUAUUUCAGGGCUGAUCCAGUGUGCUGGACACCAUAUUGGGCCUGGGAAGUGUUCGCACAGGGACUCCCCCAGCUACUGUGGAGGCGGGAGGAAGCUCCCACCAGCCAGUGGCACCAUGAGAUUUGGUGUCACUCAGCAGCCACCCUAACUGUUUCCCCUCCAUGUUGCAAUGAUCUUGGCUGCGACAUAAAUCUUUUUUGUGCUCUGUCACUUGCCAUGACAUUAGCCACCCUUCCUUCCCAGUUCUCAUUAUCCCAACCGACUUCACAACAAGCAGCUGACAACAGAACCCAUGUUGUGUCUGGAAACCACCACGACAUAGGGAGGGGCAGGGGGAAAGGGGACUGUGGAGUCAAUUGCGUCUUGUUCCAUUUGGAGGAAGGUCCUAAUUCUAUCGCAGAAUUCAGAUUUUCCCUCAACUUUAGGUAACACAGAACAAGGCCACUUUAAGGUAGUCUUGCCCUGCAUUAUUGCAGAUCAGUCCCUUGCGUUGUAUGUCUGCCGUAAGGCUGAUUCUCAUCUUUACCAACCUGAGUGAUCAGUGUAGAUGUGGUUUAAGAUAACAAAUGUCAUGUGUUUCUAGCAGUGAUGUGACAUGCAGGAAUUUAUCAGGUGACUUUUGUCAUAAACAAAUUCAAUCACAGGCAAUCAAUACCUUGUGAACUUCCUCCCAUCAUGUAACACCUGGUCACUUCAAGGGUUUAAAAAAACCACAUAGGCACAUUUUCUUUGGCAAAGAUAGAGUUCUCAUUCCAGUGGAAAACAUUGUAUUCUUGUAGGAGUCAAUCAUUUAGCCAGCCUCAUAUAAACGUUUCUGAGUUGGUUGAUUCAUUUUAAAUCAAUCAACUUAGACUGCUUAGAUUGUUUUUUGUUUUGUGUCACCUUCCCCAGUCACAAUUACACCAUAUAAUUUUAAAAUGUUGUCACUCAUGGCUGUUUCUAAAUCUAAUUAUAAACAUUUCAUGAUGAUUAACUUUAAAUAGGUUAAUGGCAAAGUUAGAUGAGGUUUUCGUCUUCCCUCAGGAAUUAAUCUCUCGGUGUCCCUAUUGGUAUUAGUAUUGAGAUGACCACCAGGAUUUUAAAUGGUAGAUAGCUUAUUGGGUGUAUUGAUUUUAUGCCUACAGAAAAAUAAAUGUAGUUGCCACUGUAAACACUAUUCAGUGCAUUGCAGAGAAACCUUUGUCUAGUACAGGUUGUUUAAGCAUCAUGAGUGGUAGGAAAUAGGUUAGCAGUGUACAAAGGACAACUGUGACCAAAUUUGUGUAGUGUGGCUUCCAAAAUGAUGUUCUGUGCUGUCUUCCAGUAAUAGGCUGUUAUUAAGAAUUUUGGGGGGUGGGGUAAAGUACCUGUAUUAGUCUGUUGCAAAUAAAAAGAAAAGCCAAUUUUCUAAUAGCAAAGAGACUAAGGCACACAGCUGUAUAAAAUCCACAUUGAACUGGAUUAUUUGGCAGUAUGGACUCAGAUAAACCAGUUCAAAGCAGAUAUUGUAGAUUAUCUGCCUUGAUAUUCUGGGUUAUAUGGCUGUAUGAAAGGGUCCUGAGAAGAAGGUAUUUGGCAUAAGCUUUCAUGGACUUCUGCUCACUUCUAUUUGAUGGAAUGGAUUCCAGCCCAUGAAGUUUGUGUAAAACAAAACUGCUUACGUCUUUAGGGAUUUACAGAGCUCUUCAUUGGUUCUGGAGGAAAUGCUCAGGAAUAAAAAAGACCAUCAUGGGCAGCUUGUGGCACUAUGGCAAUGCUAAGGAGCUCUGACAUUUGUUGAUGUGCGCGUUAUACUGGCAGAACAUACUUUCCCACCUCUCCAUGUCAGUAUUGCAUUGCAUGACCAAACAUUUCUGAAUUGGCUGCUGUAAGCAUAGGAAUCUGUGAAAAGGAGCUGAGGGUAGUGGCAUGGAAAGGACUCCAGGGGAAAGGUUGGAGAGAGAACAGAGACACAUAAAUAUUUAUAGGGCAUUAACACAUUUCUAUAUGAUUUGAACAACAGUAAUCUCCUCUCAGAGGACACAGGAGCAGUGCCUCUAGGUGGGAAGUGAGCAAAUCCAAAAUGCCAUCUCUCUACCUUCUGCUUAAAGAGCGUCUGUGGUUUAUUAAAGCUGUUGCGCGUUUUCUUCAUGUAAGUGCCAGGAUUUGUUUCCAAGUAAACACAAAUAAGGUUGAUCCAAAAGGUUUCAGUACUGUGCAUGAUUACUUGGGUAUUAACCCUAUUAAAGGUAGUGGGUAAUACUUUUUGAGUAACCACAACUAGGAUUGCACAAUCCUAAAUCUCAUUGAAAAAUUACCCACUUUUGUGGUAGUUCCUCACGAGAAUUCCUCUUCCCUUUCACACUGAGUGUCUUGGUAAAAUCUUGAUGCAAAUAUCUGUGUUGUUAUUCAGCCCACCAAACCUUUACGGAGGCCUUCCCACUCUGCCCUGUCUUAGAAAUGUGUGUGUGUGUGUUUUUUACAUUGUCAUUCAAAUAAAACUAACCUCUGGUUAACAAACCUG